CCACUGAGCAUGCGCAGAUCUCGGACAGGUUACACGAGUUUAUUUUCAGCCCUUUUCUUGGAGACGGGUCGUGGUGGUUUUGUAAACUGAGCGCAGUUACUUUGAACGAGUAUGACAAUGUUUUUCCUGGACUCUCGGACCUAAGCGGAAACGUCUCCGGAGCCCCGAGGUUUGUUAUUUCGCGGUGACAUGUGAAAUGUUGCUGCGCGGUUUGUCGGUAUUUCCAGGCGGCGACGGACAGACCAAGCCAGGCUAGUGACGCUAACUAGCAGCUCGGCUAGCUACCGUUAGCCUCUCCGCUGGCUGAGCGUGUUGUUGUGUCGACGCAGCUUUUAUAUCACAGCUCCGUUUGUUUAUAAGCGAACAUAACCGCCCGGGAAUAACGACUGCCGCUUGUUUGGUUUGGCACCACAGCGCUGUUUCAAUGCGCAGCUGCAAAUAGCUAAUGUUAGCCACUUCUGAACGCUGGACACUGCUGUGAGUGAGUGAGAGAGGGCCCCCUGAUACUGCUGAUAUCCAUCAUUAAAGACUCGUUUUGACGUCUAGUCCGUUCACAUUAACUAGACACAUUUAAACCGGUGCUGAAAUGCAGCGCUGAUACAUGUUUUCUGUUAGCUAGGAGCUCAACCACACACGUCGUUUUGUUUUGGCUGACAUGGCAGCCAGCGGAUACUCUGACCUGAGGGAGAAGCUGAAAUCCAUGACUCCACACAGAGACGAGUACAAGAAUAAAUACGUGGACGGGACGAGUAACGGCAGCGGGAAAGGUGGAAAACGCAAGUAUCGGGAGUCCGACGAUGACGACUGUGAGCACAGCGAUGACAGCUCGGAGCUCCGGGAGCAGGAGGCCGACCGGGUGAAGAGCAGCAUUCUGCAGAAGAACAUCUUCACCCCGGAGGAGUGCGCCCGCAUCGAGGAGAAGAUCGACGAGGUGGUCACCAGUGGGGAGGCUGGACUGUACCGUGAGCACACUGUGGACAGGGCGCCCCUCCGCAACAAGUACUUCUUUGGGGAGGGGUACACUUAUGGAGCCCAGCUGGAGAAGCGUGGACCGGGCCAGGAGCGGCUGUACCGUAAAGGAGAGGUGGAUGAGAUUCCGAGCUGGGUGCACGAGCUGGUGAUCAAGCGGCUGGUGUCCAGUGGAGUGAUCCCGGAAGGGUUUGUAAACAGUGCAGUCAUCAAUGAUUAUCAACCAGGUGGCUGCAUUGUGUCACAUGUGGAUCCUCUGCACAUCUUUGCACGGCCCAUCGUCUCAGUGUCCUUCUUCAGUGACAGCGCUCUCUGCUUCGGCUGCCGCUUCCAGUUCAAGCCCAUCCGGGUGUCAGAGCCGGUGUUCGUCCUGCCUGUGAGGAGAGGGAGUGUCACAGUACUCAGUGGCUACGCAGCAGAUGACAUCACUCAUUGCAUCCGCCCCCAGGACAUUAAAGAGAGGCGUGCAGUUAUCAUCCUUAGGAAGACUAGACCUGACGCUCCUCGACUGGACAGCGCUUUAAGCUCGUCUCCUGCAGAGAGACCGGCUCCUCUGAAAGCCAAACGCUCUCAUCGCAAAGCAGACCCUGAUGCCGCUCACAGGCCGAGGGUUCUAGAGAUGGACAAAGAAGAGAACAGACAUCCGUCAAUUUCCCGCCAACGUCGUCACAGCAUCAGCUCAGAGAACUACUGGAACCGAGGACAGGAUUACGACAAACAUCGGGAGAGUUCAGGACGUAAAGUCAAAAUGAGACGUCAUUGAGAACUUUUCACACACACGUGUACACAUAUAAAUAUACCAUUUCUUUUAUGUAAUUCAAUAUUGUAUCAUCCAUCAUUUUUUUUCGCUCCAGUUUUAGUCUGGCACAAGGAGCAAGUCGUCUGCAUUUUGAUUUGAGUCUGAAUCAGUUUGAGUGUAUAUUUGUUUCUGGCAGACGAAGCUGGCGUCUCUGCUGCACAUUAAAGAUCCUCGAGUUACUUAUUCCAGUUAAGCUCUGUUGUUAAACUGUUCAAUUACCUUGAAUUAAACAUUUAUUGUUUCUAUGUUCAUAGAUACUUCAAAAUGGCAUGUAUUUUUUGUAACCAAGAUGUACAGACCUUAAGAGCUAAAAGAAAGAUGUAUGUAUGGACUUGUACAAAAGGAAAGAUGAGCUGUAAUCUAACUUGUUAUAAUGUACAAUACGUUUGUAUAGUCUUUGAUUGGGGGAACUUUUAUGCAGAAAGACACCUUUAGUUUUUUCACACCUACAUUUCUGAUCCAAACCUUUACUGUGCCAUCUCAGAUCUUUGCUGUUUGUUCAUGUUCGCCUCCCUAUCGCAGUUUAUGUUGCAACAACCGGCAGAUGUGCGGCCAUGCUUUCUGUGCUAUGGUUUGAUUCAGCCGUGUUGCUCAUCUUGGUUGAGGUCACAAAAUGGUGUAUCAACUAAACUGAUGCGUUACGGAGUGAUGAAAAAAAAACUCAGGCCUUGUUUUACACUCCCGUUUCAGUCUAUAAAGUUGCUUUACCUGAGUGACAGAGGCCAUGUUAUUGCUGUUCUGUAUUAAAUCUAAUUUUUCCUCCUUUAAAUUGA